AUGAACAUAUUUCAAUAUUAUUUUUAUUAUUUGUUAUCUUUCUUUCAAUUUGGGAAACAACAGGUCCCUAUCGUCAAACCACACAUCGUUGUGAUUAUAAGCGAUGACAUGGGCUGGAACGACGUAGGAUUUCACGGCUCGAACGAGAUUCCGACGCCAAAUAUCGACGCGUUGGCUUAUAAUAGUGUGAUCUUGAAUCGUCACUACGUAAUGCCAACGUGUACACCUUCGCGGGCAGCUUUUCUCACAGGACGCCAUCCCAUCAGAAUGGGUUUGCAAGGCAUACCGAUGAACGUCGCUGAACCACGAGGCGUGCCACUUCGCGAAAAAUUGCUCCCGGAGUAUUUACAAAAAUUAGGAUACGUCACGCGACUCGUUGGCAAAUGGCAUUUGGGUUACUAUACCGAGCAGCACACGCCAACGAGGAGAGGUUUCGAUUCGUUUGCCGGCUACUAUGGCGGCGUCAUUCGGUACUUCAAUCACGUAGUCACGAAAAACAAACAUACGGGUAUUGAUUUUCACAAAGAUAAUCCUCAUAGGAUUGAGCCUUAUCAGAAUGGACAGUAUUUCACUGACUUCAUUAGUGAUGAAGCCGAAGAUAUAAUUAGACGCCACGACAAGCAAAGACCAUUGUAUUUACAACUUGCUCAUCUUGCCGGUCACUCGACCGAGGGUAUCGAGUCUUUGGAAGUUCGAAACAUAACGGAGGUUAAUCAAAAUUUGGCUUACAUCGGUGAUAUUAACAGAAGAAAAUACGCCGGUGUUAUCGCGGCUUUGGACGAUUCCGUUGGACGUAUUGUGAAAGCAUUGAAGGAUACUAAAAUGUUAGAAAACACUGUUAUUCUGUUCAUGUCGGACAAUGGAUCUCCAACAACCAUAGCUCCUUAUACGAAUCAUGGUUCUAAUUAUCCAUUCCGCGGGAUGAAAGGUUCCAUAUUCGAAGGCGGUAUACGAGUUCCAUCGUUUGUCUUUCAUCCACUGAUCAAAGAUCGCACAAGAGUUAGCGAUGAAUACAUUCACAUCACCGACUGGCUUCCAACUUUUGUGAAAUUAGCCGGUGGUGAUCCCAGCACUAUCACUGAUAUUGAUGGUAUGGACCAAUGGACUACUAUUACUGGUCAACAAAAGUCUAAACGUGAUUCGAUGCUAAUUAAUAUUGACGAAGUGUAUGGCCCAGAGUCGGCUAUUAUGGGACGAUAUAAGUUAGUUCGAGAUGUACAUAAAUAUUAUGACUACUAUGGUCAAGAUUACAAUAUGUACUCGCCAAGUUAUGACUUAAGAAAUAUCAUGUUGUCAAUGGCUGGACAAGCUUUGAAAAAAUUGAACGUUACUGAUUUUACCUUGCCGAAUGAAGAUCGAAUUCUCGAAUUAAGGAAAAAAGCGACGGUUACUUGCGUUCAUAAAGUAUUCUAUCCAAAAUGCAUUAACAAGAGAACUUGUUUAUUUGACAUUAUAAGUGAUCCUUGUGAGACUACGGAUAUUGCUGGGGAACGUCCUGAUAUCAAAGUAGCUUUAAGUAAGUUUGUCGACAGCUAUCGUUCAGUAUUAAUCAAUCAGACCAACACAUACAUCGACCCAGCAGGUUAUCCGGAACAUUUCAAUGGAUACUGGAUGCCGUGGAUGAGUCACGAGUACAUACCACCGAGAAAUAGAAACAAAACUGCAAUUUGGAAUGACAAUGUGUUUUGCGAAGGUUACCCUAUGGAUGAUCCUAGAAAUUGUUUGUGAAUUUUGUUUUAAUUCCACACAUUACGUCAUCUUACGUUUUUUAACCGUUUUUCUAAUGUGAAUAAUAAAUGUCAGUACUUUUUUAUAAUUACUUAAAUUGAGUAAAACUCGAUCCUGUGUGGUACUGAAGCAUAUAAUAAGUAGAAUAUAGUAGAUUUUCAUGCGUAUUAUUAAGGGAUCGAAACUUAUUUAUCUUUUGGUCGACGAAUGUUUUCUGUGAAAAUUUGUAUGCAUGAUAACUAAUAUAAGCAUUUUAUUUUGUUAAAUUUGCAUGAGCAAAAGUUACAAGCAACAAGCAUGUAAAAUCAAAUAAUUCUCAUCAUGGUCGACAGUAGAGAAACGACUGAAACACAUUGUUCAGUCAGCAUGGAAUGUCAAUUCAAAGCGAUCCUUGCCUUAUUUCCGCCAGCCAUUACGUUUCAGCAAUAUUGUCUGUCGCGCUGGCCAUAUGCCCAAAUCUCUAGACACACCUCGGCAUUGUUCGAGAGAGCUGUUAACCGCGUCGUACAGAGCUCAGUGUAUGUAUCUAUGAGGUAGGAUGCUCCCACGAGGACAUAGCCAAAUUCGCUUGAACUUACAACAAUUUAGAUGAAUUGUACGUUACUAAUUUUUUAUUCAAAUUGCGUGCUUAUCGACGAAAAUCGACAAUGCCAAACCAAUGAUUUUUGUAGAUAUUGUUUUUUCGAUAUCUGCGACAGCGAGCGCAGUAAACAUUUUAAAAUAUUAACAUACAAGAUACAAUGUACGUUCGUGCUUCAUUUUUUAUUUACUACAACAGUCGCUGCUCGAUUCUAUCUAUUUCAGAACGAGAUUAAACUUUUUUUAUUGUAUUUUCUGGGAUUUAUAAAUAUAUCUGUUAAUAC